UGUAAUCUCUGCUUUGGAUAUUGAACAAGAUCUGAUCGUGCCAACACAAUAUUGAAGAGCAGUUGCGAGCACCGCCGUUAGCAGUGGUGUCUGUGGCUGUCCCUGUCCUGUCCCUGACUCAGCACAGCCCCCCGCAGCCCCGUUAUCGACAAUGGGACCCCAGCGGUAAUUAAAUACGACAGACUCCUGACCCAUCCCUCUGCAAAACCUAAAACAGCGUGUCUGGCCCUGUCAUUACACGCGGGCCAGGGCAAAAAAGAGGGUCGCAGCCGUAACCCAAGGGUCACCUACAGGCGCCCAGAUCGCGAUUUGGUGGUGUAUCGGUCGAUCCGGUCUGGUACGGGUACCCAAGUAGCACCUCUGGGCGCAACUCAUGUUUUUGCUGAAGCCGGCGAGUCCCUGUUGAUCUCGAUCCCUGAGAGCAGUUGUCUGGUCAUCAAUUUUUUAGGUGGUUCUGUAUACACGCUCCGGAUAGACAAUCGAGAUCUCGGUGUGAGAGAGAUCUUGGUUUUCGUCUAGAUAGAACUAUUGGUCCGGAUGCAUUGCCUGUCUCCUAUGGCAAUCCAAGAUACACCUACCUACCCGGGCAAGCAGUACUGUAUGUACUCAGGAUUGUUCCUGGAAAAGAUAUCCGGCGUGGAAUACUUGUGCUGCGCGGACUGCUCGGGUCAACCGCAGGGUCUGACCCCCAGGACUCUGUCAGGGCGGUCAGACACAAGGACAGCCUGCAGGUCUGCAAGGCGUCCGUUGUUAGGAACAAUGAUUUUUUAGCAGGCUGUAUUCCAGCUUAACUGGAAGUGUGUGCAGCUCAAACAGCCACGACUCGUGGUCCAGGGCCCGUCGGCGCAUGGAUACGAGUAGCGCAGCGCCGUGGCCGACUCUGCUCAAGCCACUGGCACUGGCUCUGGCUCUGGCGGUGUCUGGCCCCUGGAGCUGCCCUGCCCUGCCCUGCCCUGCCCUGCAAAUCCCUGUGGCUCGUCGGCUUCAAUCCUCGAUCGUCGAUUGCGUUUGAAGUGUCGUCCAAGCAGCUGGAACUGCGGGCCUGCCUAAUCUUCCAUGACACACCGUCUUGUUCCCCUCUCCACCAUUCAGAGCCACUGCUGUCCCCUUUUAGCCUCACCAGUGCUCUCCCUGGCGGACGACGAGCAGAGAAACCCGCCUGACAAGCCGCGUGGAGGAUACCCAUCUUUUUCUUGCUUCAAGCAGCCACAGUACCGCCAGGGAGCCUAAGGGAGCGUCCUAAGCCCUUCCAUACCGUCCCGGCCUGCGCACGCGCCUGCUCCCGCGUCAAAUGCCAUUCUGAACAUUUCCAUCCAUCGAUCCCCCGAUCUGCUGGCCCUCUGCCUCCACCUACGCACCACCCAGCUGCCGCGAAGGAAAAAGGGCCACUCGACUUCCUGCUGUGCCUCAAAAGGACCCCUUCCCUCUCCUCCAUUGACCGUUCCUCAAUCCUGAGUCCUGAUUCUCUCUUUUUCCGAAUCCUCCAAACACCUGUUCAAGGGUCCUCUGGCUACAAAGCUCCUCCGUCCGCUGAUCACUUCUGUCCCUGUCUAUCCUCUCUCGCUGUAUACCCAAAUAGCCAAUACCCCAAAACCAGGCUUACCAUUACUCGUCGCCGACCCGCCUCAUCGUCUUGCCAGUUGGUCUUGGUGUCUACCAUUGACCGCGCCGGCCACAAACAACCUCGUACGCUGGACUUGCUCUCUUGUUGAAGCUCUACAUCAACGCCGCCUUUCAACCGUCCAACAUAUUCAAUCCAAGCUGCUUCAGCUCUCCCGGAACGUCCAGCAGAUUUGCUUGAUGAUUCCGUAGUUAUAUCCUCCCACUCAUCACUCUACUAUUGUUUGGUCCAGCAGCCUGUCCGCUGGCGCGAGGUGGAUGCGUCAAACAAUGGAUGUUCAGACACAACCUAGAGGAGCACGUAUCUUCUCCAUCUUGAACGAUAACGACUGUCCUUCAUUCUACAUCCCUCCUCGACAGUCAUCUCCGGCUCCGUCAUCGUCAGCCGCCUCCAGCUCUUCUCCCUCGAGUUCUCCUCGACAACAGAGGGGGGAGAGGCCGAGUCUUCUGCGCCAGGCACAGUACAGCCGGACCUCGUCCUUUUCCUCGGUCGGCUCUCCUCCUCUCCUUCGCCAGUCGUCCUCCUCGUCCAAAUCCUCCAGCUCGAGCAUGGACUCUCCUUCUCCGAAUACUCCGUCAUACAACUACAUGGACAACAAUGUCCUGCCAUAUGAUCCCUUGCUUCGGCAAGACAUGGUCGGCCCCUACCCUUCUCCUAGCACCAUCACUCCAUUUUUGGAGCAACAGUUGAUGAUCUCUGCCAACAUGCCAGAUCAGUUUUCGGCCAAACAGAUGCAUCUCGGUGCACCAAAUCAAUAUCCGCUUGUGCCUGGACCCAUUCACUCUGCACCCACCCAAAUCCCUCCGACCUCGUCAGUCAAUGGGUCUGUACUGCCUUCCGUCAACACGGCUAUCCCAAAUGUGCAAAACAAGACUUCUCCAACCGCGAACUCUGGUGCUCCUCCUGCAAAGAAGAACAAAUAUCCUUGUCCAUACGCGCAGUCACACAACUGUCAGGCAACAUUCACCACCUCGGGACAUGCGGCUCGCCAUGGAAAGAAGCAUACGGGAGAAAAGGGCGUGCAUUGCCCCAUCUGCAACAAGGCUUUCACGCGCAAGGACAACAUGAAGCAGCAUGAACGUACGCAUAAGAACUCUUCACCAGGCAACAACAGUGGGGAUUCGGCACGCCGGAGCAAGGCUGCCAUCACCAAAGAAGCACAAAAGAACAAACAGACCAAAACUGCCGAGACCAUGGCUUCCAACACGAGUCGACGGUCGAGCCUGAUUCAGUCGCCUCUCUCUGAAUCGACCUCCCUGGCUCCGACGGCUAUUGAGACGCCUCUCGACGCCGAACAGAACAAUUUCUAUCCCGAACCACAACAAAUGAUGAUGCCCAUCCAGAACAUGCAGGACGGCGUGUCUCCCAACUCUCUCUACCCAUCAUUGACCGAUGAUGUGCUUUUGGCCAAUAACACUGGCUUACCUCAAAUUUCUCCGAACAAACCCAAUGGCAAUGACCUUGAUAACAAUGGUUUGAUGCCGCCACCCCUUGUCCGAGGGUUUUCCGACCUUGAUACAUUGGCGCAGGCCGCCGAAAGCUUCGACCCAUAUUAUCAACAGACCAUGUAAUACUUUUUGGCUAUCAGCAACAAACUCUUUUAAUCAACAACGACUUUUUUGGCACGAUGACGUCUACGAAAAACGAAGAGACCGAAGGGCGGCACAUUUGUUUCAUUCCGUCUUGCAGAGCGUUGGCGUUGGCUGGCGGCAGCGUACUUGGCUUUUGAGCGUUUUGUUCCCCCAGCAAUAGGGGGUUUAUCACUUGGUGGAGACGUUGGGGAAGAGUGACAACGAACACGAAUUGUCUCUAUAAUGUUUGCCAGAACUUGAAUCCUGUUUUGAGCGCACUUUGCAAGAGAUACCCCAUAUACACGGCGGGGUUGGCGAAUUGUUUUUGUUGGUUUGUUCAUCUUGAUGCCGACGGUGUCCUUGGACAGCUCGGGAGGUGGGAUUGGGAGAGAAUGGGAGUCCUCUUCCCGCCCGAAAUAAGCAAUGGAUAUAUGAUACCCGAGAAUCGUACUUUUGUCUAUGUCCAUCCUAAUAAUAGGCUUCGUCCCCCCUUCGUCGUAUGAAACUACGUUUGUUCAAUGAAUUGUCCAGUUGAUCCGCGGCUUCAGUCGGAGUUAUUCGGUGAAUAGGUAUCGAUGCCAGAAG